AGAGUUGGCGGUGAGCGAUCCCCGCCGCCGCCAGCCGGGGUCCGGGCUUCCCCAGCAAGGAAUCCAAAGCGAGAACGCUGGGUGCUGCCGCCAGGGCUAGGGAGGGACUGGAAUCAGCUGGGGAGGCGUUUUCCCCCCCGGGCUGUCACCCUGAAAGGCUCUGGAGUGGAGGCGGGCGAGGGCGAGAGCAGAGUUGCAGAGCUGGCUGCCGCGAGUUGCACGGGGCGUUGAGGCGUUUGCUUUCCAUUCCGUUUAUCUAGCAGACUACGAGGCGAUUUAUGCAACAGUAUCCUGUUUCUGCACUGCCAAGGCUAUGCGAGAACGCGGUCAGGACAGCCUGGCAGGACUCGUGCUGUAUGUAGGACUCUUCGGGCACCCCGGGAUGCUGCACAGGGCCAAGUACAGCCGCUUUCGGAACGAGUCCAUCACGUCCUUGGACGAAGGCAGCCCCGGAGGCUCGGUCGGGAACAAGGGCUCGCCGCAGCCUCCCUACCCCGCCCUGGCACCUCACCUGCCGGCUGAAGAUGCCACCUUGGCGUCCCAGGAGAGCCCCACCCCACUGUGCACAUUGAUCCCUCGUAUGGCGAGCAUGAAGCUGGCCAACCCAGCCACCUUGCUGAGUCUUAAAAACUUUUGCUUGGGUACCAAAGAGGUGCCCCGGCUGAAGCUCCAGGAAAGCCAGGACCCGGCUCCCAGCAGCCCGGCUUCCCCUGAAACCAGUCUGAACAGGGCCGGGUCUGCACCUCCACUGCAGCCGGACCUGGUGGGGCACAGGGCGCCCGCCUUAACUCCUGAUGUCUGCCCCCUUCCCAGCCCUGGGGAGCCAACCCCGGGGAGCAGGCAGGACAAGCAUUUUCUGCAGCACCUGUUGGGGAUGGGCAUGAACUACUAUGUGAGGUACAUGGGCUGUAUUGAAGUGCUGCAAUCAAUGAGGUCAUUGGAUUUUGGAAUGAGAACCCAAGUUACAAGGGAAGCAAUCAGUCGCCUGUGUGACGCUGUCCCUGGGGCAAACGGAGCCAUUAAGAAGCGAAAGCCUCCAGUUAAGUUCCUAUCAACAGUUCUUGGCAAAAGUAAUCUUCAGUUUUCGGGAAUGAAUAUAAAACUGACCAUCUCAACGUGCAGCCUCACAUUGAUGAAUCUUGACAACCAACAGAUUAUUGCAAAUCAUCAUAUGCAGUCUAUUUCAUUUGCCUCUGGAGGGGAUCCUGAUACUACAGACUAUGUUGCCUACGUAGCUAAAGAUCCAGUUAAUCAACGAGCCUGCCACAUUUUGGAAUGCCGCAAUGGAAUGGCCCAAGACGUCAUAAGUACCAUAGGGCAGGCUUUUGAACUCCGGUUUAAACAGUAUUUAAAAAAUCCUUCUUUGAAUACUUCUUGUGAAAGUGAGGAGGUGCAUAUUGAUGGCUGUGCGGAGGAGAGAGAAGAUCAUGAGUAUUACAAUGAAAUCCCAGGGAAGCAGCCACCUGCAGGUGGGGUUUCAGAUGUGCGGAUCAAAGUUCAAGCCACAGAACAGAUGGCUUAUUGCCCCAUACGGUGUGAAAAGUUGUGCUAUUUGCCUGGGAACUCCAAGUGCAGCAGCGUGUACGAGAACUGUUUAGAACAAAGCAGGGCAAUAGGUAACGCACACGAGAGAGGCAUGCAGCCCCAACGAGACACCGCAUUAAUGAAGUACGCCUGUCGAGUGGAUCUCUUCGACGACCCCUGCUACAUUAAUACACAGGCUCUUCAAAGUCCACUUGCCUCAGCUGGAAAUCAAAGCUCGGCUCACCCACUGGGGAUCCUGUGGCACCGUGACAAAGCACCAGAAACUGUUCAGCCAGGUGCCAUGGCCCAGCCUGCCAACUUACAUUCUUUGCCACACAUCAAGCAGCAGCUGUGGAAUGAAGACUGCUACCACGGCAAGCUGAGCAGGAAGGCGGCAGAAAGCCUUUUGGUAAAAGAUGGGGACUUUUUGGUUCGAGAGAGUGUAACAUCUCCUGGCCAAUAUGUGCUGAGUGGACUACAGGGAGGCCAGGCAAAACAUCUUCUCCUGGUGGAUCCUGAAGGCAAGGUGAGGACCAAAGAUCAUGUGUUUGAUAAUGUCGGCCACCUUAUCAGAUACCACAUGGAUAAUAGUUUGCCAAUCAUCUCUUCUGGAAGCGAAGUAAGCCUUAAACAGCCAGUGAGAAAAGAUAGUAAUCCAGGACUUUCGAAUUCCAGCAAGUGACAAUAUGGAAGUGCCAUCACACUAUUUCGAGCAAGUCCAUUUUGUGCGAGGACGCAAAGAUCAUUUAAACUUGGUUUCUGGAUAAAAUAGAGGACACACUGUGAAGUGCAUCUUUCUGAGACCAUCAUGGACUAGGUCAUUUAUAAAACAAAGAACUAACAAAAAUUGAUCUUCAGAAAGUGAAAAUUUAAAAGGGGAAGAGGACUGGUCCAUUUGAAAAGAAAUUAUACAUAUGCACGGAUGUCACUUUUUAAGGCCAUAUUGCAUUGAUAACAAGCUAAAAGCACAAUUAAAAUUUCACAUGCUAAAGACAACUUGAAUGAACUGCUGGGGCAGUGGUAUGUGCCUUUCAACUUGAUAAUCUGGGGGCGUUUUCAUAUCGGGGAGAUUAGUUCUAAGUGUCUUCAUAUUCUAUGACUACAGAACCAUUUGCCAAAAAAAAGUUUUUUCCUUGUUACAAAACUGAGAAGCAAUUUGCUUGAUAGUUAUUGACUUUGUUACAUUUUCUGUUUAGUAGCACUUUCACUGCAAUGUUAAAAUAAAUUUGAUGUUGAAUUUGGA